UAUAAACAAUUAUCAUAUUUUGAACAUGUCUAUCAUGCCAACAUGGUAUGUUUGUCAAUAUAAGUAUUGAUUAGUAUCGACAUCCCAAACAAUACACACUGGUCCACGAAUCCCCUUUCAAUUACACAUUGUGACCUUCUAAUACUGCUUACACUAUUCGAUUCAAACUUGUUCCAGCUAAUUUUUUGCAUGAUUUUACCUUCUUGUUAAUGUAUUUUAUUUGUGAGGAUAAUCACAUUUUGUGCUUCUAUCCUCUGAUCUUAUUGCCCAUCAAGUGUUCGAAGAUAUUCGUUAGAGGGUUAUUGCAAAUUGUCUGGACAAAUUUGUCCUGUAUUUUAAAUCUUUACUCGAAAAGAUUUCACAUUAUUAUGUGUUUAUGCUACGUUUAGAAUAAUCCAAGUAAAAUUACGGCUAAUGUCCAUCAAAUGCUCGACGAAAUUAAAAGGAAGUUGUUGACGUCUAUAGAGUGGAAAAUAAAGGGAAAACGAGAAAGCUGUCUCUUUUUUCUAUACGGAUGAGAUAAUCUCUUUACAAGUUCACAAUGUGAUUGCAACUAAUUCUGUUUUUAUGCAAUGUUUAGAAGAAAGGAAGGGAAAUUAUGGUUAAUCUGGGAGGAGGAGGAGGAGGAGGAGGAGGGCAAGUAGCUGUGGCGCAAAUACCAACGAGCUUCGGACAUGAGCUUAGAGCUUGCCUCCGCUGCCGGCUUGUCAAGACCUAUGACCAGUUUAGGGAAUCCGGUUGCGAGAACUGCCCCUUCUUUCAGAUGGAAGAUGACCAUGAAAGAGUUGUUGACUGUACAACCCCCAAUUUCACAGGGUUAAUAUCGGUCAUGGACCCGACUAAGAGUUGGGCUGCGCGUUGGCUUCGCAUUGGAAAAUUUGCGCCUGGUUGCUAUACGCUUGCAGUCUCUGAAGCACUGAAUCCCGACUUGCAGAAUAUUUGUGAAGAAGAGCAUGUGCCAUAUGUUCCUCCCAAACGUGUCUGACUCGCUACUCGACUGUUGUUUCCAUCUUAUCUUCCCUUCCCCCUAAUCUAGUUGUUUAAUAUGUUCACCCUCUACACGAAAACCUAAAAUGUGAAAACAAAACAGAAUUUGUGCUUUGUAUAUGGACGAAUUUAUGUGGGGGGACUCAUUUGGUCUGUUUUUGUUAUGUGGGUUUGUAGUUUUUGCAA